AUGAAGAACCUCGCAUUCAAUUCAAUAGCGAGACAAUUCUCCACAUCUGCUAAACUGCUCAACAAACCUUUAUAUCUCACCCCUUCAAAAUGGCUAGGUUUACCUCCAGACCAAAUUUUAGAUCUUCACAAACAAAGAAAGUAUCAUCUUGGUACAAAUUAUAGAAAGAAUGAUGAUGAAUGUAAAGCUUUAAUGUCAACUUCCGAGGCUUCAAGAUUCACUCCACAACAAAUUCAAAGAAUUUAUUAUCAAGGUGAAAAAGCCUUUUCUGAAUUAGUUAAUCAUCCAUUAAAUUCUCCAAAUUUUGGUAAACCAAACACUUUUGAUGAAUAUCCAUCCAUAGCAAGAUUGAAAGUUAGAGCUCAUAGAGAAAGAAGAGAAUAUAAUAGAAUCGCCGCUUAUGAAAUGCCUCAUCUUGUUAAAUAUCGUCAAGAUUAUACAAAACCAAAAAAUAAACCAAUAACUUUAAAAUAUACUUCAAUAUUAGGUGAAGAAGAAUUACCAAUAAAUCAAAAAGUUGUUCUUACAGUUAAAUCAGAACAUUUAGGUUUAUCCUCCAAGGAAUUACAUAAAUUAAGAUUAUUAGCAGGUACAAGAUAUGAUUAUAGAACUGAUGAAAUUAAAAUGUCCACUGAAAGAUUCCCAGAAUCUUUACAAAAUACAAGAUAUUUAUUAGACACUUUGAAAAAAUUGAUCAAAGAGGCAAAAGAUCAAUCUGAUUCAUUUGAAGAUAUACCUUUAGAUAAACGUCACAUCUUUGCCAAAGAAAGAAAAAGAAAGAAUAAAAAACAUCAAUUAAGAGAUUUGAAAUUCCCUGAAGAAUGGAAACGUCCAGAAGAUGCUCCAAAGAAAGAAAAAACUUUGGUUGGAUAUCUAAUGGAUGCUAUAAAGAAUUAG